UCAGUUCCCUCGUCCCGCGCGCCCUUGGCAUACAGACUAUCCUCCUCCGAAAUGGAACUGAACGUAUAAACAUUAGGGCGCGGCAGCGGCAGUUCUUUGGUUGCUUCGACACGGUUGCUCCGUCACAUUCAGAUGUCCCGGCCGAUUGUCCUGUCCGACGAGGAGGACCAGUACUCUACACCUCUUCCGAUCCCCUCCAAGAAACGUCGAACUGAGUCACAUGCCUUUCCCAGUAUAAAAUCCACCGUUCUUGUGCUUGAUGAUGAUCCGACUCCACAAAAAUCCGGUAGCAACUCUGCGGCCUCGUUCGUGCCGGAGACGCCUCUCUCUCAGCCUCCGAGCUCUGACGUCGUGAUUGUUAAAUGUACGAAGGUGCCAUUGGACUUGCCUGCUAGGGAUUUGAAUUCGGACCAUAAGUUCGCUGGAAUCAGUGGAUUGAUAUGCUUGGAGUCCGGUAGUGAAUCUGAAAGUGAUUCUCUGAAGAAAAGGUGUGGACCGAGUGAAUGGAUCGGUUCUGACUGUGAUGACAUGAAGAACUUAGGAUCGACUUCUAAAUUUGACUCGGCAGGAUCGGGACCUUCUAUUGGGAAUGAUGAUCUGCAGGAAAUUUCAGGGGAUACGAAGCCUUCAACUGUUGGCCGAGAUGAUUAUAUAUAUCAGGUUCAUGAUUUUCCUGAAAAGGAAAAUGUUGGAAUGGAGCAGAAUGAUAACACUAUAAAAGCAACAGGAAGGAAAUCCGAUGCCGAGAAGAACAAAAACGUUGAUAAAGCAAUGAGGAAGAAGGCAACUAAAGAUGACAAAAUUCGCUUAAUGGAAGAGAAGAAGAAAAAGAAGGAACUAGAGAAGUUGCAAAAGGCGGCCCAGAAGGCUGAAGCUGCAGAAAUGAGGAAAAUGCAGAAAGAGAAGCAAAAGUGGGAAAAGGGGAAACUUGCAUUGAAGUCCAUUGUAGCAGAAAUUGAUGCUAAAGUAGUGGAGUUGGGAUCAGUUGGUGGUCAUCUGCUAACAAGGUUUGCUGAAAAAGGGAUUACAUUCCGUAUCAAGUCUAAUCCAAUUGAAAGGUCAAUUGUGUGGACUAUGAAGGCUCCAGAGCAUAUUUCAGAGUCUUUCAAGGGACUGGAGAUUGCAUAUGUAUUACUAAUGUACGAGGCUGAAAAUUUUUGUGAGCUUCUUAGCAAGGAGUCACUUGUGCAUCACGUUGCCAGAGUUCAAAGCCAUUACCCAUCGUACACUAUCUGUUACCUCACCAAUAGGUUAAUGGCAUUUAUCAAUAAAAGGGAACAGGAGAAGUACAAGAACUCAGCAAGCAGUAAUGGUUGGAUACGUCCACCUGUUGAGGAGGAAUUGGCAAAAUUGACUACUCAUUUUGUCAAGGUACGUUCUAGGCAGUGUGUAGAUGAAGCUGAGGUAGCUGACCAUAUUGUUGGUUUGACUUGCAGUCUGGCAUCCUGCCAAUUCAGGAAAAAGCUGACACAUCUAUCCGUCAAUGCAAAUGGAUCCAUUAUACCCAAAAAUUGUAUUGACAGGAAUAUGAUAAAGAAGAGCUUGUGGUUAAAAGCUUUGGUAGCAAUUCCAAAGGUACAACCACGGUUUGCCGUAGCAAUAUGGAAGAAAUAUCCAACCAUGAAAUCUCUUUUGAGUGUGUACAUGGAUCCAUGUAAAUCUGUGCAUGAAAAGGAAUUUCUGCUGAAAGACUUGACGAUCGAAGGGUUACUCGGUGAUGAUAGAAGAUUAGGAGAGAUGUGUUCAAAGAGAGUAUACAGGAUACUUAUGGCUCAAAGUGGAAGCAUGAGAACCGAUGACGUUGAGGAGGGUGCUGACAUGUUCAGAUCCCAGUCGCCUUAAUUAAUUAUCCAAUCCUAUUAUCACACCAUCAAUUUAAUGCAAUAGCUUAUUGCGAGUUUCACGGUCUUACAGACAGGUUGGAGGACUAGAGUGCCGUCGUUACCUUAUCACAAAUGUCACUUGGAGGUCUGCAGAAGGCGCAACUCCGUAAGCGACUUGUGGAGCGAAGGGUAAAUGAAUAAAUUGUUGUCCAAUAGCCAUUUCUUGGAUGAACGGAACCUGAAUGCUCUCGUGAACAAGGUAGAAACAAACUGUACUAUAUAUGUGCGUUGAUGUUCAUUGAUGGAAAACCAACACUUCACCUUGAAUUUGGAUGUUCAUUGAUGCAGUGUUGAACAUAUAUGUGUCUCUUUACUUGUGGUGCU